AUGGGAAAGAGAGAAUCAGUCGAGUUUAAUGGAGAUAACCCAACCGAACUUGUGCAGUCGAGUUCAAUGCAGGAAGAAGAUGAAGAAGCAGUUGCUAAGGUUUUGCCAAAGAUUGAGAAGAAGAUACUCUUGAAAAGAGUUGCCAAAGGAACUGCUGCUCUUGGCAUGUUUAUUCUAGUCCUCCAUCACUUAAGGAGAAAUGGAAGAAAGAAGACGGGUGAGGUGAAAUGGCGAUCUGGGAUCGAUUGUAGAGAAAACGAGAAGCAGAAAGCUAAAGGCAAUAGCUCGCAGGAUUUAGUUUCGGUUUUGGCUCGUUUAUGUAGACUCGGGUCACUCGGGGGAGCUUGUUCAUGUACAAUGAUAGACUUAUGCUGUUUUAUUAUGAGGCAUAUAGAAGGGUAGAAGAAAGACUUGGUGCCUUUUGUUGUGCUAUAGGUGAAAUAAUAACAUUGCAACUUCCUUAUAGUAUAAAUCAUUGUCAAUUGAUCAUUUGCUUCUUU